UCUACUUCAAAACAACCGUCAUCGAUUUUCCACAACGCCGCGGCCAUUUUGUUAGAAGUGUGCUUGCGAUUGGAAGUCUCCGUUCGGAAGAUUACUUUAGUCGGAUUUUUCUCUGUUUUUUCUGAGUGAAUUCCGACUGUAAUUACACGGGAAAUACCUUGGCAUUGUUUAGUGAAAGUGUACAUUUUCUAGUUGGUAGUGAUCUACUGAAAACAGUAUUCGGCUGGCAUAUUCACAGCGGUAAAAGUUGCAGCAGCAAAAAAAGGAUGGAGGACAAGACGACAUUAAAAGAUUUGGACCAAUGGAUUGAACAAUUGAACGAGUGCAAACAAUUGACCGAAACUCAAGUUAAAACCCUGUGUGACAAGGCGAAGGAAAUACUAGCAAAAGAGUCAAAUGUGCAGGAGGUGAAAUGUCCGGUGACAGUAUGUGGCGAUGUGCACGGUCAGUUCCACGACCUGAUGGAGCUCUUCCGGAUAGGCGGACGAUCUCCGGACACCAACUAUCUAUUCAUGGGUGAUUAUGUAGAUCGUGGCUAUUAUUCAGUGGAAACAGUGACACUGCUGGUUGCACUUAAGGUACGAUACCGUGAGAGAAUUACAAUCCUCCGAGGCAAUCAUGAAUCCCGACAGAUUACCCAGGUCUAUGGUUUCUACGAUGAGUGUUUACGGAAGUACGGAAAUCCGAAUGUCUGGAAGUAUUUUACAGACUUGUUCGAUUAUCUCCCGCUGACUGCUCUGGUCGAUGGGCAAAUAUUCUGUUUGCAUGGUGGUCUUAGUCCUUCAAUUGACACAUUAGAUCACAUCCGAGCGUUGGACAGACUGCAAGAAGUCCCACACGAGGGACCGAUGUGUGAUCUUCUGUGGUCCGAUCCCGAUGAUCGGGGUGGCUGGGGAAUAUCCCCUCGUGGUGCAGGUUACACCUUCGGACAGGAUAUAUCAGAGCUGUUUAACCACUCGAAUGGUCUGACUUUAGUAUCCCGAGCACAUCAGCUUGUUAUGGAGGGUUACAAUUGGUGCCACGAUCGCAAUGUUGUUACAAUAUUCUCGGCGCCAAACUACUGUUAUCGUUGCGGUAACCAGGCAGCAUUAAUGGAAUUAGACGAUGCACUGAAAUUUUCAUUCCUACAAUUUGAUCCAGCUCCACGUCGCGGCGAACCACACGUGACCAGAAGAACACCGGACUAUUUCCUUUAAGAAUAUCAUUAUAACGAAUAUUGUAAUACACACUACAAAUUAAACAAAAAUAUACCUAAUGAUAAAAAAAAUAAAAUAAUAAUUAUAAGCAUAUAUUAUUAUUUAAUACAAAAAUGGUAAAAAAAAUCGCAAAAAGUUUGUUAAAAUUGCAAGAAAAAUUGGAAAGCGUAAAAAUGUAUUACACAAAAGAAAACUACUUAGGAGAGAAAAGAGGAGAUAAUUUGAAAAAAGAAUAACAUUAAGCAUCAGCCAGAGAAAAUUUAGCAUGAAACACACCCCUCACAUUUGCAAUUUACAAAUCGAAAACAAGGCGAGAGGAAAUCGGAAUAAAUGGAACUAUAUAGAUAGAGAGCGGAGUACAUACGUAAAAUACGUGCAAAUACUCAUUGAUGAGUGUGAGAAUACACAAACAACACAUCGCUACAUCCCUUGGAAAUCUGUCUUUAUGCCAUACCAACAUACCGAAAAUCAACGCGUUGUGUUCAAACUCAUCACUCGCAGAAUCGUGUCUCCAUUUAGUAAGCAUCACCACCACUACACAACCCCAUAGCCAACCGGGGCGGGUACAUGAAGGAACGGAACCAAUAAUCAUACCUUGACUAAAAUUUUAUGCUAACCAGAAGAUGCAAUAAAGUCUUCAAGUAAAAAAACAUUGAUUUUUUCAAUCUAAGCUGACGGAACCUCAAUUAGAAAAGAAAAUCACUUCGCGAUCGCAGAUAGUAUUGUGAAAACUUCUAACACAUUUUAAUGGUUCAUUCAAAGGGGAGAAAUUGUUAAAACAAUUAUGAGAAAUAAUCCAGAGAAUAAUAUUGAAAAAUUUGAAUGUUUCCCCUAAAUUUCAGGAAAAGUUUUUCGCGGGCUUUCAGUUUUGCGUAUUCAGCAUUAACAAGGGAUUUUUAACGGCGAAAACUGAAAGCAAGAAUAUUUGAGCGGUACGGGUGAAACAAUUAUUUUUUGUUUAGAACAUCACCAACGUAUUGCGCGAGGAUAUGGGGGAACAAAAACGCGAGCUUGUGAUUGAAAAAAGAUAGGCGAGAAAAAUGAAACGGACAGGAUGUUGUUAGCUAGUUUUUUACUUUUCGUUAGUAGAGAAAGAUUUCAUUUCUCCCUCAAUUGCGCUGAAAUUGUUUAUAUUCAAAUCAACCCUAAAUCUAAAUUUGGACAGACAGAACGAAAAAAAAGUUUAUGAAUGCUUAGUUCGGAUUCCAAACUUACAUGAGAAAGAAGAAAAGUAGGUGCAAUUUGUAAUAUUCCAUUACCAGCCAUGAUGCAAGUCCAUUUGUUGUUUGAUACUGUGGAAUAGGAGGAACAAGUGAAGGAGGAUGAAUAGUAUAGCAGAAAAUGCAGAUCGGCAUUGGGAAACAUGUGGAUAUAAUGGAAAAAUCAAUAAAAUUUCAACGUUUUAAUGAACGAAACACGAA